UUUUAUUCUCGACAAUUCCUCUUUAGAUUUUCUCUCUCUAGACUGAAAUUUAUUCAGCCGACCUUCGCUCUUUCGUUCAUCUCUCCACCUUUUUUUUACCUCUUCUCUACCUCCGUUGAGAGAGAGAGAGAGAGGAAAAAAAGAAGAGAGAAAGAGGGAAGUGCAGCACCAAAUCCUCUGUUUACUGUUUUCGUAUUCAAACACCAAUAGAUACACUGUUUACUGUAUCUUUACGCCUCGAGAAAUGCAAUAGACUGCAAUUGUUCCUUUCUUCUUCACCAUUCUUCUUCGCGCAUGCAUUUUACACCGCAGAUAUAACAGUGUAUUGUUGAAACCCAGUGGAUUGAAAUAUAACGAUGUUGAACCUCAAUCUAGCUAUUGAUCCUUCGUCGCCGACCGCCGAUCGAGCCGAAACAGCGUCGGAUAGGCACUUCGCGCUGUCCGGCGAUCAGAUGGAAUAUUCCGGUAGCUCUAGCUCCUCUGUUGUUAAUGUGGAGACUUCGAGCACCGCCGGCGAUGAGAACUCGUUCUCGGAUCACUUCGUCGGUUUCAAUAUAUGGAAGAGCAACGGCGACUGUGAAGAGAGCGAGAAAUCGAGCUGCGGUUACGUGACGAAGGAGUUUUUUCCGGCGAGUGGCGGGGAGGGGCGGAUGCAGUGCUUGGAUCUCUCCGAGAACCACCAUGAGCUGACGGAGCAGAGGAUUAUCUCUCAGGAGCAGCAGCAACAGAAGCGGCAGCUAGUAAAGAAGAGUCGCCGGGGACCGAGGUCGCGCAGCUCUCAGUAUCGCGGUGUCACAUUCUAUCGCCGCACCGGACGUUGGGAAUCUCACAUUUGGGACUGUGGUAAACAAGUUUAUUUAGGCGGAUUUGACACUGCACAUGCUGCAGCUCGGGCGUACGACCGUGCUGCAAUUAAGUUUCGUGGACUGGAUGCAGACAUCAAUUUUAAUGUCAGUGAUUAUGAUGAAGAUCUUAAGCAGAUGAGGAACUUAACAAAGGAAGAAUUUGUGCACAUACUCCGCCGCCAGAGCACCGGAUUCUCUAGGGGAAGUUCAAAGUAUAGGGGAGUGACGUUGCACAAAUGUGGACGAUGGGAAGCUCGGAUGGGGCAGUUUCUUGGCAAGAAGUAUAUCUAUCUUGGAUUGUUUGACAGUGAGAUAGAAGCUGCAAGGGCAUAUGACAAGGCUGCUAUCAAGUGCAACGGAAGAGAAGCAGUCACCAACUUUGAGCCGAUCACAUAUGAAGAGGAGUUGAGCUCAGAGGCACCCGUUGGAGCUGGUGAUCAACACAAUCUAGAUCUAAAUUUGAGUAUUGCUCCUCCUGAAAAAUCCCAAUGGCAAAUUCAUAAUAUGGAGAUGGAGAGCUUUCAUAUCAACUAUGGCUCAAACAAUCUGCCUGAAAGCGAACUAAAGGGCUCUGCUUCAGCCUCUGCUGCAGCUCAAUUGCCCCAUGAACCUGGAAAUAUAUGUCAAUACCCUCUCAUGUGGAGGGGAGCCGAUUCCUGUUUUCGUCCCGUUUAUAAGGGAACAACAAUAGGGAAGGUUGUUGAAGUUGAUCCUUCAGCAAAUUGGACAAGGGAUCAUUAUCAGCCCUCACCGCUCUUCUCUACUGCAGCAUCAUCAGGAUUCGCUACUUCAUCAGCCGCCAUCCAUCAUCAGUUGCCUUUCACCACAACGCCCCCACACCAUUAUCUCCCACCCGUCGCCACUUUGAACAACAGAUCCAAUUUCUAUUGGACGUGAUUGGUGUGCAACAGGAAGAAACUCAGGCCAUCAUCAAAAUCGGAGGAUGGUCAGUAAGCACAAAUUGUGUAGGGUUCUUUCUAACUGAGACAACUUCUUUCCACGGUUUCUCAUUACACUGCUUUGAUAUUUGAUUAUCUUAAUUGUGAAUUUGUGCUACUUGUACUUGCUUUCCAUUUCGAUUUCGACCUCAAUGCGAGCUCUGCAGAUGUGUUUAUGAAACUGUGAUUAACAUGAAACUGAGCUUUGCUUAUUAUAAUC